AUGAAUAGAGGUGUGUUGGAGAGUUCGCCGGUUCAACAGCUGAUGGGGGCCGGAAACCCUAAUUGGUGGAACGUAAGCGGCGGCAUGAGGCCACCACCACCGCUGAUGGGUCAUCAGCAGGGGCCUUUGCCGCCACAAAUGACUCCUAACAACAAUUAUCUCCGACCACGAAUGAUGCCGACUCUCUUGCCGCAUUUCUUGCCAUCUCCGGCGACUUCGUCGUCUUCAUCUUCUUCACCGUCUUUGCCUAAUAACCCUAAUCUCUCUUCUUGGCUCGAAAGCAAUGAUCUCCCUCCCGAGUCUUGGAGCCUUAGCCAACUUCUUUUGGGUGGAUUGAUGAUGGGAGAGGAAGAGAGAUUGGAGAUGAUGAGCAAUCACAAUCAUCAUGAUGAACAACAGCAACACCAUAGCUUUCAAGGAAAGAUGAGACUGGAGAAUUGGGAAGAACAAGUGUUAAGCCACCAGCAAGCUUCGAUGGGGGUUGUUGACGUCAAACAAGAGAGUAACAUUAAUAACAACAAUGGCUAUCUCAUGUCUUCUCCGAACUCACCUCCCAAUAAAUCUUGUGUUACAACCACAACCACAACAAGCCUCAAUAGCAACGACGAUAACAGCAACAACAAUAAUAACAAUAUGUUGGAUUUCUCGAGCAAUCACAACGGUCUUAACAAUUCCGAAGGAAGACACGCUCUUCCGGAUCGAUCCUCUGAGUGUAACAGCUUAGAGAUUGGUGGGUCUACAAACAAGAAGCCAAGGCUUCAACCUUCUCCUUCGUCUCAAUCAACCCUCAAGGUGAGAAAGGAGAAACUAGGAGGCCGGAUCGCAGCGCUUCAUCAGCUAGUAUCUCCAUUUGGAAAGACUGACACAGCCUCUGUCCUGUCGGAAGCUAUUGGAUACAUUAGAUUCCUUCAGAGUCAAAUUGAGGCUCUGAGUCAUCCAUACUUUGGUACGACUGCCUCGGGGAAUAUGAGGCACCAACAACAACAUUUGCAAGGAGACAGGAGUUGCAUAUUUCCUGAGGACCCUGGUCAGUGCAUGAAGAGAAGAGGAGCUUCGUCUUCGUCUACGGAUCAAAAUCCAGAGGAAGAACCCAAGAAAGAUCUGAGAAGUCGAGGUUUAUGUCUUGUUCCAAUUUCCUGCACACUCCAAGUUGGCAGCGACAACGGCGCGGACUACUGGGCUCCGGCACUCGGCUCAGCCGGUUUCCAUUGA